AGGGCAGCAUCCUGCCCUCCCUACUGCCCUCCCAUUGCUGGCUUCUACUCCUCCCUCCUUCCUUCACAACUACUUCUCUAUCUCUUUGUCCAUCCCUACUACAUCCAUGAGGACUGCAGGCAUGCUGUGCCGGUCGCAUGCCUCCACGGCGGUGUGCAUUCCCGGCGAUCCCCGGUCGAUGAUUGUGUCGAGGAGGGCCGACCGGACGCUCGUCGAGCACUCGAGGCUCGUCGACUUGAAGUACUCUCGCCUCAUGGAUUCCCGGAGGUUUAUGCCGCGAGAGGAAGGGCGGUCAGUCACCCUUCCAAUGGUUCUGAAGAAAGAGAGAGCGCCACCCAAGCCUACCAAUGUCUCCUCCUCACCUCCUCCCUCCAGUGGCCAUGUCUUUCAAGUGGUGGUUAUGAGAGUUUCCAUCCAUUGUCAAGGAUGCGCAGGAAAAGUAAGAAAGCACAUCUCUAAAAUGGAAGGUGUCACUUCCUUUAGCAUAGAUCUGGAGUCCAAGAGGGUGACUGUGAUGGGCCAUGUGUCCCCAGUGGGAGUCCUUGAGAGCAUCUCAAAGGUGAAGAGGGCUGAGUUCUGGCCUUGCUAAAUCCAACCAGCUAGGUGUUCUUCUGGUAGUCACAAGAGCUUGUGUUUCUUUAGGCAUGUGAUCAUGGUAUUGUUAUGGACUGCUGUAUGUCAUGGAAUAUCUUUUUCUAUAAUGUCUUGAUGGGUGACAAAGAUCUUUGGCCUAUGGUCUAUUCCUGUUCACUACUAUGUCAAUGUAUGGCUAUGCACUCCUUGUGACCGGUUUAAUUUAUAUAUGUAUGUGAAUCUUAAUUUUGUUAAGAGUCAACCAGACCAAAUUCUUCUU